UCUCUCUCAUCUCAUCAACCACUCUGUGAUUCUGAAUGGCUGAUCCUGAAUUAAAAUCCAAAAGCCUAGUUUCUCUCUCUAAGCUUUUUUUGUGCUUCUCUCUCCUCUCCACCGUCGCCGUCGCCGACGAUGGUCCGUUCAUGUCGAAGCUGGCGAAAGCCAUCGGCCCAAGCGGGUGGUCGGCGACGACCGCUUUCUGCAACUGGAGCGGCGUGAAGUGUGACAGUUCGAACCGUGUAACAAGCAUCAAUCUGGCUUCAAAGAAACUCAGUGGAACACUCCCACCCGAUCUGAACUCACUCUCUCAACUCACCUACCUCUCGCUUCAGGGCAACUCUCUCUCCGGUUCCUUACCCUCUUUGGCGAACCUCACCAUGCUCGUAACCGUUUACCUCGACGGCAACAACUUCACCUCCGUCACUAACGGUUGCUUCCAGGGGCUAACGAACUUGCAGAACAUUAGCAUGACCAACAACAUCAACCUCGCACCCUGGACGUUUCCCACCGAGUUGACUCAGUCAUCCAACCUCCUCCAACUCGACCUCGGUAACACAAACCUCAUGAGUUCCUUGCCUGAUGUGUUCGGUUCCUUUGUCACUUUGCAGGGUCUUCGUCUCUCUUACAACAACCUCACCGGUGGUUUGCCAAAGUCCUUUGCAGGAUCUGGGAUUCAGAAUUUGUGGCUCAACAAUCAGAUAGAUGGGUCUGGGUUUUCUGGUUCAAUUGAUGUGCUUUCUUCCAUGACACGCUUGUCUCAGGUGUGGCUUCACAAGAACCAGUUCACGGGCCCCAUUCCUGAUUUGUCAAAUUGUACUAGUUUGUUUGAUCUUCAGCUUAGGGACAAUCAGUUAACCGGUGUUGUUCCAUCUUCUUUGAUGGGUCUCUCUAGCUUACAGAGCGUUUCUUUGGACAACAACUUGCUUCAGGGUCCUGUUCCUGUGUUUGGGAAAGGUGUGAAGUUCCCUCUUGAUGGGAUCAAUAGCUUUUGUCAAUCAAGUCCUGGUGUGCCUUGUGAUCCCAUUGCCACUACUUUGCUUGAUGUUGCUGCGGGUUUUGGGUAUCCCCUUCAGUUGGCCAGUGCCUGGAAAGGGAACAACACUUGUCAAGAUUGGAGCUUCAUUGUGUGUGCUGGGGGAAAGAUUAUUACGGUGAAUUUAGCAAAGCAGAAUUUGACUGGAACCAUUUCAUCUGCAUUUGCCAAUUUAACUGAUUUGAGGAACUUGUUUCUCAAUGAUAAUAAUUUGGUUGGUUCAAUACCUGGGAGCUUGACAACUUUGCCUCAACUUGAGGUUCUGAAUGUGUCUAAUAACAACCUAUCUGGAGAGAUUCCCAAUUUCUCAGCUAAGGUGAAGUUCCUUCAUGCAGGUAAUGUUUUGCUUGGUCAUCCUGGAGAUGGAGGCAGUGGAACUAGUCCAUCAUCGGGUUCUGGUAAUGCGCCGAGUGGAAGUCCAUCUAAAACAGCAAAUAGUUCUUCCCUGUCUCCUGCUUGGAUCGCAGGUAUAGCCAUUAUUGCUGUAUUUUUCGUUGUGGUGGUGUUGUUUGUCUUUUGCAAGUGUUAUGCCAAAAACCGGAAGGGGAAAUUCGGAAGGGUUAAUAAUCCUGAAAAUGGAAAAGUAGACAUUAAAACUGAUGUAAUGAGUGUUGUCAAUUCCAAUGGAUAUGGUGGAGUUCCCAGCGAUAUACAAAGCCAGGGCAGUGAGCUUAGUGACCUUCAUGCUUUUGAGGGUGGAAAUGCUACAAUUUCAAUCCAAGUUCUUCGGCAAGUAACGAGUAAUUUCAGCGAAGACAACAUUUUGGGUAGGGGAGGAUUUGGAGUUGUUUAUAAAGGGGAAUUGCAUGAUGGAACUAAAAUUGCUGUGAAGAGGAUGGAGUCUGGUCCAAUUGGAAGUAAAGGAAUGAAUGAGUUCCAAGCAGAGAUUGCAGUUCUCACUAAAGUUAGGCAUAGGCAUUUGGUUGCUCUUUUAGGAUAUUGCAUGAAUGGCAAUGAAAGGCUUUUGGUGUACGAGUAUAUGCCUCAAGGGACAUUAACAGAGCAUCUGUUUGAUUGGCGUGAAAAUGGCUGUGCUCCUUUGACUUGGAAACAAAGGAUCGCAAUAGCUUUGGAUGUAGCUCGGGGAGUUGAAUACUUGCACAGCUUAGCUCAGCAAAGCUUCAUUCACAGAGACUUGAAACCCUCAAACAUACUAUUGGCUGAUGACAUGAGAGCAAAGGUUGCAGAUUUUGGGUUGGUAAAAAAUGCACCGGAUGGGAAGUACUCUGUCGAGACGCGGUUGGCUGGAACAUUUGGAUAUCUUGCACCUGAAUAUGCAGCUACUGGAAGAGUGACAACAAAAGUAGAUGUUUACGCAUUUGGAGUAGUUUUGAUGGAACUGAUUACCGGUAGAAGGGCAUUGGAUGAUACUGUACCUGAUGAAAGGUCUCACUUAGUUUCAUGGUUCCGUAGGGUACUAAUUAACAAGGAGAACAUCCCAAAGGCAAUUGAUCAAAUUCUCAACCCUGAUGAGGAAACCAUGGAGAGCAUAUAUAAAGUGGCUGAGCUGGCAGGCCAUUGCACUGCUCGUGAACCAUACCAAAGACCAGAUAUGGGGCAUGCAGUGAAUGUCUUGGUUCCUCUGGUAGAACAAUGGAAGCCUACAAGCCAUGAAGAAGAAGAAGGUUCUGGCAUUGACCUUCACAUGAGCCUUCCUCAAGCUCUUCAAAGAUGGCAAGCCAAUGAAGGAACUUCCACAAUGUUUAAUGACAUGUCCAUCUCUCAAACCCAGUCAAGCAUUCCUGCAAAGCCUUCAGGAUUUGCAGACUCCUUUGAUUCAAUGGAUUGCCGGUAGCAAAAAAGACAAAAGAGACAACCUUCAAUUGCUUCUCAGUUAAGGAUGAUAAGAAUGUUAUUAAGCUGUUUUGGUCUAGCGGCAUCACCAAAUUGUAUCACAAAUUUAAUUUAUUUAUUUUUAAAUGUCAAGAUUUUUGUUGUUCUUGCAAUCUCCUGUUGUACAAGUCUAAUGUUCUUUAUUGAUAUAUAUAUAUAAAUAUAAAAGCUAGCGGAUUGAUUUUAGUGGAUG